AUGGCAGUUGUUCGUGAGAAGGAGGUCUAUUUCGCGAAGCUCGCAGAGCAGGCGGAGCGUUACGACGAGAUGGCGGCCCACAUGGAGGCAGUGGGGAAGUCGGGGGACGAGCUGUCAGUUGAAGAACGCAAUCUCUUGUCAGUGGCCUAUAAGAAUGCAGUGGGUUCGCGCCGCGCUGCUUGGCGUAUCCUCACCCUUGUAGAGCAAAAAGAGACCAGCAGGGGCAACGGUGAGAACGCACAGUUCGCGAAGGAGUAUUGCAAGAAGGUGGAAGCAGAACUCGAUAACAUUUGUAAUAACGUCCUAUCUCUGUUGGACGACUGCCUCAUCGGGAAGGCAACGACGGGCGAGUCCCACGUCUUCUACCAGAAGAUGAAGGCCGACUACUACCGCUACAUUGCCGAAUACAGCGCCGACGAUGCUAAGACAAAGGCUUCGAAUGCCGCCAAGUCUGCUUAUGAGGAAGCGCAGGCGAUUGCUACUAAGGACUUGGCAGUGACGCACCCGGUCCGCCUCGGUCUUGCUCUGAACUACUCUGUGUUCCUGUACGAGGUGGUUGGGAAUCCGGACGAGGCGUGCAAGACGGCGCGCACCGCUUUCGAGGACGCGAUCGCCGAGCUUGACAACGUCGGGGAGGACUCGUACAAGGACUCCACCCUCAUCAUGCAGUUGAUUCGUGACAAUUUGACGCUCUGGACUUCCGACCAGGAGGGCGGCGGGCCGUAA